CUAGCAGCAAACAUGAGCGGACGAGGAAAAGGAGGAAAGGGUCUCGGUAAAGGAGGCGCUAAGCGUCACCGUAAAGUCCUCCGUGACAACAUCCAGGGAAUCACCAAACCCGCCAUCCGCCGUCUGGCUCGCCGCGGGGGGGUGAAGCGUAUCUCCGGUCUGAUCUACGAGGAGACCCGCGGUGUGCUGAAGGUCUUCCUGGAGAACGUGAUCCGUGAUGCCGUCACCUACACCGAGCACGCAAAGAGGAAGACGGUGACCGCCAUGGAUGUGGUGUACGCGCUCAAGAGACAGGGACGCACCCUGUACGGAUUCGGGGGUUAA